AUGUGUCAAUCUACAGAAUUUCUCAACCACGGCGUGCCCACCACAAACGAGGCUUUUGACGAAGCAUUAUUUCAAGAUCUAUGCGACUCGCACUGCCAUCCUCACGAUGAUGUAGAGUACUUGUCACGCAUACCACAGCUCAAGACAGGACACAUCACCAUCAUGGGUGUCAGACAAGACGACUGGGAUAUGGUCUCCAGGGUAGCUCAUGAUUGCAACCAGAAUACCAGCAACAAAUGCAUCCCUUGCUUUGGCAUCCAUCCUUGGUUCUCGCAUUUUGUCAUGGCACAGGAGGAGUCAAAGCAAGAACCAGACGCCUACUACAAGGGCAUUCUCAAGUCAUCGAAUCAGGACGAACUCAAUGACAUGAUCUGUGCUUUAUACAAGCCAUAUACGUAUGAUGUAUGGUAUAACAACUUGAAGCAACGACUGGAGGAGCAUCCCAAUGCACUCGUGGGAGAGGUAGGUGUGGACAGAGCAGCACGAUUGUUACCUGGUGGCUCUAUUGAUUGGCAUGGCAAAAAGCCUACCAGCGUCCAAACAUCCAUCGAGCAUCAAUUAGCCAUUUUCGACAUCCAAUGCCAGCUUGCACGAGACUUGAAUCGUGGUAUCAGUGUGCACUGCGUUCAAGGCCAAGGCCAUUUGUUCACACAUCUCAAAAACAUAUCUACUCAAUUCAGUGCGAGACAACUCAGGAAGCUCAAAGUGGUGCCCAACACAUUGCGCAUGUGUUUGCACUCGUACGGAGGAGCACCUGCUACUAUCACACAAUUUAUGGAGCUGAAGGGAUUCGAAAUAUACGUUUCGUUUUCGGUGGCCAUCAAUGCAAGGCUGGUUCCUGCUAAAAAGCUGGUAGAGCUAAUCAAAACUGUGCCAGAGGAUCGUCUGCUGAUCGAAUCUGAUUUGAAUACACCCUUGGGCAUCGAUGAAUGCAUGGUAGAAAUGGCAAAAAUUGUAGCAGAAGCUAGAGGCUGGACUAUCAAGCAAGUGGUAGAGACAACAAACAGAAAUUGGAAGCGAUUUGUCAAUGUUUGA